GAGGCAGCCAUACCUUGGUACCUUCGUGACGAUAAAUUAUCAUCUGAAUUGAACGAAGUGAAACAGAUAGAUCUUCCAGAGGUUCCUGAAAAUGCACCAAAAUCAGUUGAUAUUUUUUUGAAUCUUUUAGGACAUGAAUAUGGUAUGGAAAACAUCCAUUUGUUUGAUUUAACCAAACUUGAUGAAGAACAUGAUUUCCACAAUUCUAAGCAACCAGCAGAAUAUAUAAUAAUAUGUACUGGGAAAUCUGAGAAACAUAUUUUCAAAGCUGCCAGCGAGCUUCGAUUAAACAUCAAACAUAACCAUGAUAUCUUACCUGAUGUUGAAGGUAUGGUUGGAAGUGCCCAAACUGCAGUACAACGUCGUCGUAUGUUGAAAAGAGCCAGAAGAGGUCCACCGGCUACUAUGAAUGAUUAUGGUAAGGCUGCUAAUAGUUGGGUCAUGUGUGACACUUUAAUCGAUAACGUCCAUAUUCAUAUGUUAACAGAAGAAAGAAGAGAAGAGCUCAAUUUAGAAAGCUUAUGGUGUAAACCAGAAGAUCUCCCAAAAUAUACCAAACAACAGAAGGAGGUUAAUGAUUCGGAUGAUAUUUUCAUUGGUAUCAGAAGAUUCCACACUAUGACUCCAUUUGCCAGAAAUUAUUCAACCACUAACUUGUAUGAUUCAUUUAGAUCAGAAAAAGUCGAUUUAUUAACCGUUGAAAGUAUCCACAAGACUAUAAGUGAUUUCAAUAAAGGAUUUAACGCAGACAAAUUGAACGACUAUAAUAUAAGGCGGGACUUAUACAAGCUGAUUCAUUUGAUUUCCCCUGAAAUAGUUUCUGUGGAUCAAAUUACCGAUACCAUCUUAGAUAAAUACCGCUCGUUAAGCAUCUCCUUAAGUAAUGAUUUGGAAGAAGAAAGAGUCAACGAUGUCAUACAAUAUAUCAAAUUAUUAAUCGACUCUCCCGAAUUCAAAGAUGUUUCAAAAGAACAAUCAGAUCAAUUGUUUGAUAAAGUAUCGAAUUUUAUUGCUAAGUUGUAUCGCUUCUCAAAUCUGAAAUUCAACUUGUCUAGUAGACCUGAGAUAGUUCCUCUUUUAUGGAGAUUAACUUUUGUUCCUCAAAACAAUUAUAUAGGUUCCGAACUUAUCGACCGCAUCAUCCAAGAUCAAAUUCAAAUACCUACAUACUCUUCAGAUCCUUCGAUAGUUUUAGCAAGUAAUAGAUCAAGAGACGUUUUGACAAUUAUACAACACCAAAAUAAGGAUUGCAUACCAACUUCAAGAUUUAAUGAAUUGGUCCUUUUCACCUACGGGAACGCUGCUAACUGGGAUAAAUUUUGGAGCCACUGGGAAUCUGCCUUCAAAAUUUUUAGACACGAUUCUCCUAGUGCUUCAAUCAAAUCUCCUGCAAUUGAAAAUUGGGUACGUUUGGUUGUUUAUUUGGCUGCCCGUAAUGACAAAUCACAAAUGGUGAACUUUUUAAAUAAAUACUGGGAUUCAAAUUCUUCAAUUACUGGUUCUUUCAUUGGUGAUUUUGCAAAGAACGGCUCGGAAUUUAACACCUCUGACGAAAAAGUUGCUUUCAUCAAAGCCAUGGACAAAAUCCUUUCCACUCUCCAAGAGAACAGCUCCUCA